CGUCGACCGCAACAGAGAACGUGUAGGAUAGGACGUGAUGGAAGUGACGGCGGUAUCUCCACCCAGCUCACGGUUUAUACCAGCCAGCCUAGCAGGUAUCUAUUACUCCAGCGGGCUGUCCACCAAUAACCGGCACUUUUAUAUUGGACAGAAAUCCCUGUGCCAACAAAACGGUCGUCAGAUUGGAAUAGCGGGUGUGGUGCCUUUUUCUAUGAAUGACAAUUACAGCAGUGUGGCAGUGUCACGACACAAGUAGCGUAAGAUUGGGUUGAAGGAUCGAGGUGAAACGUACUGGAAAUUAGGGUGGAGAAAAUACUGCAAGCAGACGAUACAGACACUGGGACUACGACCAGACUUAGUCGAACUGUGAUUACAGGGCAUUCUGUGGAAUACAUACUGUGACAUCAGUGUAGCGCGUCUCUUGGAAAAAUCUCUGUGAUCAGUCAGCUGGGUUGUUUCUGCUUGUGGAAUGUGGAUAAGUUUUAUGGUUUUUGGGAUCUGGUCAGUGGAGUGAUUUGCAUGUCAGAUGGCCAUCCUAGACCUCCUUCGCCAUGAAUCAAUUCAUCGUUGCUAAAUAACCAGAGACAUAACGCGAUCAGAUCCGUAGUGCUUCUCUUACGAACGCACCGACAUCCAGUAUGGCGGAUGAGCUGACGUCGGACUCCCCCGGAUACACCAGUGUUGAUACCACCACGUUAUUGACAACACAACUGAUGGCACUUGCUUCCACUACGACAUAUAUGAAUAUUUCGAACAAUUCCGGACAGGCUAUGGCACCGGAAGUAAUCAUACGCAUGCUCAGUAUACAUCAGUUCGAACGUCUGGUUCCCGCAAUCAUUUACACUGCUCUCCUGAUGGCGAUAGGCACACCGGGUAACGCGAUCGUGUGGUUUAUCUAUUAUUCAAGAUGGCGACGCAGCUCUACGAGGAUAUUUAUCCUGGCAUUAGCCACACUUGAUCUCAUAAACUGCACGUUAACACUUCCGGUUGAAAUCUUCAUGUUAUUUAACUACAUUAUAUUUGACCACAGCUUCGUCUGUAAGUUGUCACGUUUUACUACAUACACGUGCAAUAGCGCGGCAGCUCUCAUUCUCAUAGCCAUAGCAGUGGAUAGAUAUCAGAGAAUAUGUAGGCCUCAUGAGAACGCAAUUUCUACCAGGACUUCAAAACUCGUAUGCUGGCUUUCCAUAAUUUUGGCUCUGAUGACAACAUGGCCGUCUCUUGUGAUCUACGGGACGCAGGACUACCCUGCUCACGGCGUGGUGUUGAAAGUGUGUUUGAUCGAGAAUGCCUUUGUGACCAGUCCUUAUCCUUUGGCCUACUUCACCUUUAACUGUAUCUGCACGCUCAUCAACUUCAUCACUCUCACUGUGCUCUAUAUAUUUGUCGGAGUGCGCGUGUGUCAACGCUGGAAGUUCAGGUCCACUUCCGUUCGCUCGUUUUCCUCCGUUUCUAUGGAUGAUGACGACGACUAUCCAACAGAGAGGCAUUCAUUGAAGAAGCAAAGUAAGCGAAGCGCGAGCACAGAACCACCUCCAAGCCCGCGAGCUGCCAUCAAGAUGGCGUUCUUAGACCUCAAAUCCACCUUCAAACGUACAAAAAGUACUGUAUCUGACAGGAGAGUGUUACGAAUAGGUAAAACGACGUUGAUGCUCUUUCUGGUCACCCUAGCAUAUAUCAUCAGUUUUUUACCGUUUCUUGGCAUCGCCAUUCACCGGUCUAUUAACCCCUCGGCCUGGACGGCACAACAAAAAACUAACGAGAUGGUGUAUCACGUAUUCCUCAGGUCAUAUCUCCUGAACUGUGCAAUCAACCCCAUCAUAUACUCUUUCUGCAAUGACAUCUUCAGAAGGGAAUGCGUCAUACUCUUUAAGAGAAUAUUCUGUUGCAGAAAGACGCAUUAGAUCGAACAAACGAUAUAUUGUGGUUAAAAUACACGUGUUGUUUUUCUGAAACAGCAAACAACGAUCCUUACUAACAUUUAUUUGUAUAUACAUUUCAAAGAGCGGUAAACAAUGCAGAGUCAUUGUAAGAUAAUGGCAAUGCAAUACCAAAUAUCCACUGUUGCAUUAAUUUCACACUGAUGUUUCCAUAUAAAAAUUUAGUUUAUCUCUAAAGAGUUUACCGCUUAACUAUCUGAAACAACUUUUUACUUUCCUUGUGCAUGUUCUUUAAACUUUGUAUCAUUAUAAUUAUGUAAAAAAAAAAAGCAUACAUGUACAUUUAUAAAAACGUAUAAUAGCUUCAUAAUGUAUACAAUUUCACUUACUAUAGAACAUUCGAAGGGGUUAUGGACAAAUACGUGAAUAUGUCUUCACAGGGAAUCAGGAUAAUGAUAAUAUUUGAGGAUUGAAAUGCAUUUGUUUACAUCUGUUCCCAUUU